UCGAGCAGAAAGCAGUGUAUGGAUCUUCGGUGACGUGUGGUGCCGCGUGUGGCUGGCCGUCGACGUCUGGAUGUGCACGGCGUCGAUACUGAACCUGUGCGCGAUUUCGCUGGAUCGCUACGUGGCCGUCACCCGUCCCGUCACCUACCCGAGCAUCAUGUCCACCGGGCGGGCCAAGUCGCUCAUCGCCGGGCUGUGGGUGUUGUCCUUUGUGAUCUGCUUUCCGCCGCUGGUCGGGUGGAAGGAGCAGAAAGUGAAAGAGAACCUAUUAUUACCGUAUGGAAAUCACACGCUGGUGUCGAUGUCACUGUCACCAGCCACUUCCACCUCAUCAUCGUAUUCAUCAUCGCCAUCGUCGUCGUCGUCAUCAUCAUCAUUAUCACCGUCGUCGUCGUCGUUGAUAUCACCUUCAUCGUCUUCGCCAUCAACGUUCAGUAGUACUACCAUCACCUCCUCCUCCUUCUCCUCGGUUGUAGACUGGGCCGAGCUGGGGCUGGGCGAAACGACGCCCUCCUCCAACCCCACGCACUGCCCGUGGACCUGCGAGCUGACGAACGACGCCGGAUACGUCGUCUAUUCGGCGCUGGGCUCCUUCUACAUUCCCAUGUUCGUGAUGUUGUUCUUCUACUGGCGCAUCUACCGGGCCGCUGAGCGGACCACACGUGCCAUCAAUCAGGGAUUCAGAACCACCAAAGGUAAGUGGAAAUGAAAGAUGCCAACUCUCCCGAUAAUAUCCCCCUGCCAGUCUGUAAAUGUGAUAAGCUACCCGGGUCCGAUGAAGUGUCAUUCUUCAUUGGGCGAU